AUGAAGAAGCUAUGGGAGGAGCUCAAUACUUUGAUUGCUAAAUCUCACUGUACCUGCAACUGUUCGUGUGGGGCUAAGGAGAGUAUGCAUAAGGCAGAACAUGAUAGGAGGCUCAUACAAUUCCUUAUGGGAUUAAAUGAGACAUAUACUGUUGUUCAAGGCAGCAUAUUGAUGAUGAAUCCUCUUCCCUCAAUUGCUCAAGCCUUUUCUUUGUUAAUCCAAGAAGAAAGGCAGAGGGAAAUCAAGCCUACUGACCAUCUGAUACUGGAAUCAUCAGCUUUGAAUGCCAACACAGCCAGACCUAGCACAUUCAGGACAAAUUACUCUCUCAACAACAACCAUAACAACAAAAAUAGACCCUUUUGUGACUACUGUAAGAGGCCAGGACACACUAAGGAAAAAUGUUACAAACUUCAUGGGUAUCCACAAAGUUUUGGACAGAACCUUGGCCACAAUCAGAAUCCAAAUGCAGGUCAAAGCAGUUUCAAUCAAAACACAAGGCAAGGUUCCAACUAUAACUACAACUACAACUCAAACAACAAUAACGCCAACAUAUUCAAUAAAGGCAAUAGAACACUAGCCAAUGCACAUGUGGCAACAAUUUCAGUCAUCUGGAAUAGGAGAACAUGGAGGUGGUGUCAAUGCUACUUCAGGGACAGCAAACUUUGCAGAUACAACCUAAUCUCUGUUCACUCUUUAACAUCUCAUCUAAGUUGUAUUGUUGCCUUCUUCAACCUCUGUUGUGUGUUGCAGGCCCCUUCAAUGAAGAGGCCUCUGGUGAUUGGUAGAGUGAAGGAUGGGCUAUACAUCCUGUGCCCAAGUUGCCUAAGGAAAAACAAUGCAAGUCUUGCAGAAAAGGACAACUCUAAACUUCCUGUCAUUUCUACUUGCUGCACUUGUGACAUACACUGUCCCACUCAUUCCAUUGUAAAUGUACCAGUCCACACCAAUAAGUGUGUCCCCUUUCCCUCUCACAUUGUAAAUGAUUCAUGUGCAAGUGCUAGUAAACAUGUUCCUCUUGAAGAUCUGUCUUCUGAAUUACCUAGUUUUUUCUCUCACUCUUGGUCUGAAAAUAAUGUGAAUGUGCUGUGGCAUAACAGGCUUGGACAUGUUCCCUUUGUGAAAAUGAAAAGGAUUACCUCCAUACCUGUUAACUUCUCCCCUAAACAACCCUUUACUUGCACCAUUUGUCCAAUGGCUAGACAAGAAAGAUUACCCUUCCCUCAGAAAACCAGUACAUCUAAUAGAAUAUUUGAGCUUUUACAUGUUGAUCUAUGGGGUCCAUAUCAUGUUCCUACACAUGAUAAACAUAAGUACUUUAUCACCAUAGUGGAUGACUAUAGUAGAUCUACAUGGACACAUCUCUUGUCCAGUAAAAGUAAUGCCAUUGAUGUUCUGAAGAACUUCAUGUCUUUGAUAGAAAAUCAGUUUGCUAUUAACAUCAAGUCCAUAAGAUCAGACAAUGGACUAGAGUUUACCAGUGGAGAAGCAACCAAGUUAUUCCAAUCCAAAGGAAUCAUCCAUCAAAGAACUUGUCCAUAUACACCACAACAGAAUGGUGUAGUGGAAAGAAAGCAUAAAUACCUCCUUGAAACAGCUAGAGCCCUCCUUUUCCAGUCCAAAUUACCUCUAAGAUUUUGGGAUGAAUGUGUCCUUUGUGCUACAUAUAUAAUAAACAGAUUGCCAUCCAAUUCCAUCAACAAUAAAACACCAUAUGAGUUAAUAUAUAAAAGGAAACCAAAAUACUCCCAUCUCAAGAGCUUUGGCUGCCUAUGCUAUCCCAAUGUACCAAUACCACAUAGGGACAAGUUUAGUCCCAGAACUGCACCUCAUGUUUUUGUUGGGUAUCCUUUCAACACAAAGGGAUACAAAGUUCUAAACUUGGCCACUAGAAAAAUUUACAUUUCCAGAGAUGUAGUGUUUAAUGAAUCUAUCUUUCCCUUUAACUGUAGUAUGAACAAAUCUUCCAAGUCACCUAUUUUUUAUCCAGUUCCUUUCAUUGAUUCUCUUGAUGAACAACUUUCUAAGAACACAGGAAACAUACAAACCACUGAAACCUUGAAUGAUUAA